AUGUCAAGUAACAACACCACCCUAUCAGGCGCAAUCGUCAAGAGAGGCAGACAGCCUACGAGGAAUAGCCAUGCUUCUGCUGCCAGGAUCGCUGGAAACCUCGAGAGAUAUGAGGCUUACCUUCCUCGUACCACAACGGAUUGUGGGGAAUGGGGGAGACUUCCUGGAACGAGCUCUGCUACCCACAGCAUAUUACCUAAUCCUUCAGCUCUCUCUGGUCCAACCGAUAAUUCACAAGAUGUCGAUAUGGAUAGACCAGAAACAGAAGAUAACGAUUCAGUAGAUCGCGAAGGAUCAGUCAACUCUGACGAUGCAGAUAAAGAGCAUGCUUCCGUUGCCGGAGAAGAUGGAAGUCAAUCGGAACGUUCAUGUAUUGUAUCGGAGAGUGAAUCAGGGGAAGUGGAGAAUGAUGAGACUGAGCAGAAAAUAAUCGGGAAAAACAUUUGGAGACAGAAGGAGGAGAUGAUUCCGGAAGGCAAUGAAAAAUCAGGCGAUCUUUCUAAGUGGCUAGAUGGAUUAAGCAUAACUGAUUAG